CCAGGGCAGCGCUAUUGACGGGCCGACUCCCGAUCAGGAAUGGCUUUUACACCACAAACGCGCAUGCCAGGAAUGCAUACACACCACAGAAUAUAGUAGGAGGAAUCCCAGAUUCUGAAUUACUGCUUCCAGAGUUGCUGAAGAAAGCAGGAUACACCAAUAAGAUCAUUGGCAAAUGGCAUCUGGGUCACAGGCCCCAGUUCCACCCCCUGAAGCACGGGUUUGAUGAAUGGUUUGGAUCCCCUAACUGCCAUUUUGGACCUUAUAAUAACAAAGAAGUCCCCAAUAUUCCUGUGUAUAGGGACUGGGAGAUGGUCGGCAGAUAUUAUGAAGAUUUCAGUAUUGAUCUGAAGACAGGGGAAGCCAACUUGACUCAGAUCUACCUGCAGGAAGCUCUCGAUUUUAUUAGCAGGCAGCAGGCCAGCCAGCAGCCAUUCUUUUUAUAUUGGGCAAUUGAUGCUACCCACGCUCCUGUUUAUGCCUCCAAACAUUUCCUGGGUACUAGUCAGAGAGGACUGUAUGGUGAUGCUGUACGAGAAAUCGAUGAUAGCAUUGGGAAAAUCCUGAAGCAUCUUCAGAAGCUGGGUAUCAGUGAGAACACGUUUGUGUUUUUCACCUCCGAUAAUGGGGCUGCUCUCAUUUCAGCUCCUAAACAAGGUGGAAGCAAUGGUCCUUUUCUGUGUGGUAAACAAACCACCUUUGAAGGAGGCAUGAGAGAGCCAGCUAUUGCUUGGUGGCCUGGACAUAUACCUGCUGGAAAGGCUCCAGCAUUGAUACCCAGGGCAGCACUGACUGCAGGCACGAGGUUUGGCAUUGCUUUUGUGUACCGUAGCUUACG